AUGCCAACGUGCAACACUCAAGCUGGGCAUUCUCCCAACCAGCAACAGCAGACUCAACCAUUUAUGUCGAACCACACGCCUAACUUGUCAGCAAUUCAUCCCACGAACUGCCAGGGAAGCCUUCCGAACAGCUCAGGCGCACUCUUCGUUAGCACCACGACGCCACCUCGGAUUACCGCUAACUUGCCAGAGUUAAACCUGACCGCCUCGAUGCGCUGGCCUUCUGUGCGGCGCUCGGUUUCCAGUACUACUGCCACCAGGGAGAGCUCACGUCACUCGGAAGCUGUAGACGCCCGCAGCUCGCGCGGAAUUCGGCCCAUGAGCGGCAGUAUGGAUUCAAACACGGCACAGUCAUCUCAUAGAAUUAUCCCGCAGCGCGGUACAAGCAGAGAGCGCGUCCACGCGGCAGCCAUCCACACCUACCAGCCGCAUGUCGUAGGAGCCCCCACAGGCGAAACUACUGCGGCCCCACCGCUCAUUGUUGGUCUCUUUGAGCAGGACAGGUCAUUUACUGUACAGAGUUUACCGACGACCACGAUGUGCACUCCACGUGAAGAGCCAACGCCGGUGCAGCCACCGCUAGACCAAUAUGAGAUGGAGGCCGAGGCGAUGUCUAUCAAGGACCUCCGACAAGCGGUGGAGGACCUACAUACGGGGAACCGAGUUUCAAAGACGGGUAUCAUGCGGGCACGCGAUUCAUAUGCUGCGCUGCGUGAAGGGAUGAACGAGACGUACAUGUUGGUUGAACAGAGACAGGAAAGCAUCACGAAUGGCAUUAUGCGGAAGUUGGACGCUGCGAAACGACAGAAAGCAAAGCUUGCUACUCAUCUCAGCGCAGUGGAACGUCAAAAAUUGAUUGAAGAGGCUCGGCUGCAACAGAUGCAGCGCAACAUCGCCACGCUCUCCCAGCACCUCAUGCAAGAGGAGAAGGCGAUUGAGUCUCGCAUGCGGCAGCAGCUCCUUCAACUCAACUCACAGCGCCAACAGCUAGAGGAACGCCUGCUUGGUCAGCCAAGUUCCCUCUUGCAGUUAGAGGACCUAGUUGACGAGGCUCAGAAACUUGCGUGCCACUACACUACUGCCCUAUUUCAUCCCCCUCCACUUCACUCAGAAGUUAUGUCAAGGCAAGACAGUUCCGUUUCAGAGCCUGAAUUAACCUCAUGGAACGAGGGGUCGGAUGCGAAUCAGAUCCCAUGUGAUGGUGCGCGACAAUCUAGGGGUGAUCGUCCUGAGCGUACUGUUGUGGAGUCUACACACAAUCCACAUGAGGUGCUACACUAUCUAGAGCGUGAGAUCGCGGUAGUGGAAGGAUUACGUAAGGAGGCCAUGGAAACUGUCGAUCGCUACGCAUCAACGAGUAAACGGUUAGAGAAGCACGUCCAGCUAGAACAACACAAGCUGCAUGAUCAACUAGAUAACAAUUUUGUUGUUCAAAAACAACGUGAGCCUGGAAAGCCUUCCAAAGAUUUUACAGGGAUUCAUGGCAUGGAGAUAGAUUCCGAAUGGCGCCUCAACUGCCAGACUCACCCUGAUGACUCUCUCACUCCAUACACAACCUCUAGCAAUAAUGACAGUCUGCUCGAAGGCGCCUCUAAUAGAAUAUGUGUGCAAGGCCAGCAUUAUGCUCUGGGAUACAACUCUGCUGCCUCGAAGGUCCAGGUCUCUGCUGCCACCUGUGUUGAUUCUUCACGGUCCCCGAACCAGCGACAGGCCCUGUCGCCACCUAUGCAAGACUUGCCAAUCAAUAAUGUUGUGGACGUUCUACCCGUGUCCGGCAUGAAUAAGUCCAGUCCCGACCCACAUCUUCUCGCGAAUAAAGCUACAGAUUUGGAGGUUACUGCAACAGCCAACCUGUCUGACAUUACACUUGACCCUCAUACAAAUCAAUACAUCAUCUCAUCGCAUAUGGGGUCAGCCAAAGAAAGCAGUGCACAACCUGCAUCCAUCAGCACUACCGAUCACAAUGCCCGUCUGGAAAUGAACGCGAACCAAUACCCGUUGACUGACGUUACUGGCGAUACCCUUAUGCCGGGUUCGAUUCAGCCAGCUGUAGGUAAGAGAGAUUCAAAAAACAAUCUGAGCGCUGUGUUAGAUACUGCCCUACCCACGUCUGUUGUACAUCACGGUACUGUGAUGCAUACGCCCACGAUUUGCGUUCAGAACACAGCCCGAAUGUCUCCACCGCGGCCACUAAUUCUAGAAGCCACGACACUAAAGUAUGGCCAAAAAUGUCUUUCCAAUGAGUCGACGCCGACUUCUAUGCCGCUGAAUUAA